GAGAUGAAGAUAGUGUGUAGCUGCUUCUGGGCUCAAGGAGGAGGAGAGGAAUCCACACGCCGACACGAUGAGAUCCAAGGCGAGGGCGAGAAAACUGCCCAAAAGUGACAGCGAGAUUGUAAAUAAUAUGUACGAGACCGACCCCGAUCUCCUCGCGGGCGAAAGCGCAGAGGAGGAAACAGAGGACAGUAUAAUGUCCCCCAUUCCCGUGGGACCUCCGUCACCCUUCCCCACCAGUGAGGACUUCACUCCCAAGGAGGGCUCACCUUAUGAAGCUCCCGUCUACAUUCCUGAUGACAUUCCAAUCCCACCAGAUUUUGAACUCAGAGAAUCUUCGCAAAUACUGACUGAUCCUGAGGUGACCUCCCAAGAGGGCAAUAUAAAAAAGAUUGCUGACGAGCUGGGCAAUGAGAAGUUCUGUGUGGAUGCUGGCCAGGCUGGGGCUGGCAGCUGGCUGAAGUACAUCCGUGUGUCCUGUUCCUGUGAUGAGCAGAACCUGGCUGUGUGCCACGUCAACGAGCAGAUCUAUUAUAAAGUUAUUAAAGAAAUUGAGCCAGGAGAAGAGCUCUUGGUGUGUUUGAAGGAAGGUGGUUAUUCCCUUGGGAACAUGGCGCCCAGCAUGGAAGAGGAGCCCUCGUUCCGCUGUGAGGACUGUGAUGAGCUCUUCCAGUCCAAGCUCGACCUGCGGCGGCACAAGAAGUUCGGCUGCAGCGCCGUCAGCUCCCUCUACGAGACCCUCAAUGACGAGAUCAAGCAGGAAGGUCUUGGAGAUGGACAGGUCUAUGAGUGCAAAGACUGUGAGAGGAUGUUCCCCAACAAAUACAGCCUGGAGCAGCACAUGGUGAUCCACACGGAGGAGAGGGAGUACAAGUGUGACCAGUGUCCCAAGGCUUUCAACUGGAAAUCCAACCUGAUUCGUCACCAAAUGUCUCACGACAGUGGGAAACGGUUUGAAUGUGAAAACUGUGUUAAGUUCUCCAACCUGUGCCGCCACAAGCGGAUGCACGCGGACUGCCGCACGCAGAUCAAGUGCAAGGACUGCGGGCAGAUGUUCAGCACUACCUCCUCCCUCAACAAGCACCGCCGCUUCUGCGAGGGCAAGAACCAUUACAGCCCCGGCGGCAUCUUCGCCCCCGGCCUGCCCCUGACGCCCACCUCCAUGAUGGACAAGUCCAAGCCCUCUCCCAACCUCAACCACGCCAGCCUGGGGUUUAACGAUUAUUUCCCGUCCCGCCCGCACCCCGGGGGCCUCCCGUUCUCACCUGCCCCCCCGGCCUUUCCCGCCCUCACCCCGGGAUUCCCGGGCAUUUUCCCACCCUCUCUAUACCCCAGGCCCCCCUUGUUACCGCCCACACAACUGCUCAAAAGUCCCCUCAACCACACUCCGGACGCGAAGCUCCCCAGCCCCCUCGGGAACCCGGCGCUGCCGCUGAUCUCCGCGGUGAGCAACAGCAACCAGGCCCCCUCUGGGGAGGAGAAAUGUGAAAGCAGCCUGGAAAACUCCUACCUGGAGAAGCUAAAAGCCAGGAACAGUGACAUGUCCGAUGGCAGUGACUUUGAGGAUGUCAAUACGACCACGGGCACGGACCUGGACACCACUACUGGCACGGGAUCUGACCUGGACAGUGACGCAGAGAGCGACAGGGACAAAGCAAAGGACAAGAGCAAACAAAUGGAGACCAAGCCAGAUUUCGUCAGCAGCUCCGUGUCUGCGAGUUCCACCAACACCGCCAGCGAGAUCCCUCUCUUCUAUUCUCAGCAUUCCUUCUUUCCUCCCCCCGAGGAGCACCUGCUGCCCACCACGGGAGCAGCCAAUGACUCCAUCAAAGCCAUCGCCUCCAUCGCAGAGAAGUAUUUUGGGCCUGGCUUUAUGGGGAUGCAGGAGAAAAAGAUGGGUUCGCUCCCCUAUCAUUCCAUGUUCCCUUUUCAGUUCCUCCCCAAUUUCCCCCAUUCCCUCUACCCUUUCACGGAGCGGACCCUCAAUCACAACUUGCUGGUCAAGGCAGAACCAAAGUCACCCAGGGACCUCCACAAAGUAGGCAGCACCAGCUCAGAGUCCCCCUUCGAUCUCACCACGAAGCCAAAAGAGAUUAAGCCAAUCCUGCCGCCCCCGAAGGUCCUGCCAGCCCCGUCCUCGGGGGAGGAACAGCCACUGGAUCUGAGCAUUGGCAACCGCAUCCGAGCCAGCCAGAACGGAGGAAGAGAGCCACGGAAAAACCACAUUUAUGGGGAGAGGAAGCUGAUGGCAAGUGAAGUCUUACCCAAGAUUUCCCAGUCUCAGCUGCCUCAGCAGCCAUCCCUGCACUACGCUAAGCCAUCGCCCUUUUUCAUGGACCCCAUCUACAGCAGGGUGGAGAAGCGGAAGGUGACAGACCCUGUGGGUGCCCUAAAGGAGAAGUACCUGCGACCCUCCCCGCUGCUUUUCCACCCCCAGAUGUCAGCCAUCGAAACCAUGACGGAGAAACUGGAGAGCUUUGCAGCCAUGAAGGCAGACACUGGCACGUCCCUGCAGCCCCUUCCCCACCACCCCUUCAACUUCCGAUCGCCGCCGCCCACGUUGUCCGACCCCAUCCUGCGCAAGGGCAAGGAACGCUACACCUGCAGGUACUGUGGUAAGAUCUUCCCCCGCUCAGCGAACCUGACGCGGCACCUGCGGACACACACGGGGGAACAGCCCUACAGGUGUAAAUACUGUGACAGGUCGUUCAGCAUUUCCUCCAACCUGCAGCGGCACGUCCGGAACAUCCACAACAAGGAGAAGCCAUUCAAGUGUCACCUGUGCAACAGGUGCUUCGGGCAGCAAACCAACCUGGACAGGCACCUGAAGAAACACGAGCACGAGAACGUGCCAGUGAGCCAGCACUCUGGAGUCAUCACCAACCACCUCGGGACCAGUGCCUCUUCCCCAAACUCGGAAUCAGACAACCAUGCACUUUUAGAUGAAAAAGAGGAUUCGUAUUUCUCUGAAAUCAGAAAUUUUAUUGCAAAUAGUGAGAUGAAUCAAGCAUCAACUUUAGCAGAUAAAAGGCCAGAAAUCCAGGAUAUUGAUGGCAAUUCCCAGUGUCAUGGAUUAGCAAAUGAGAAAACAGAAGAUGUGGAUGAUGAAGAUGAAGAACUGGAAGAGGAGGACGACGACAGCCUGACGGGGAAGUCCCAGGACGAGCCGGUGUCGCCCACGGCGGAGCCCCGAGGGGCGUUUGAGGAUGAGGAGGAUGAGGAGCCCACGUCUCUCACCAUGAGCUUCGACCACACCCGGAGGUGUAUUGAGGAGGACGAAGCCGCCCUGUUAGAUUUGGAGCAGAUGCCGAAUUUUGGGAAGGGGCUGGAUCUUCGCAAAGCAGCCGAGGAAGCAUUUGAAGUUAAAGAUGUGUUUAAUUCCACCUUAGACUCUGAGACAAUAAAACAGACUCUGUACAGGCAGGCUAAAAACCAGGCUUAUGCAAUGAUGCUGUCCCUGUCUGAGAACGCUCCCCUCCACACGUCCUCCCAGAACUCUCUGGGCGCUUGGUUGGACAUGGCAGGAGCAGCUUCAGAGUCGGGGACCUUUAACCCCAUCAACCACCUCUGAGAGGUCCUCCAGGCACUGGCCAGAGUCCAAGCGAGGCGGCAGUGGUGCUGCAGCUAUCCUUGCAAAAUCCCAGCGAGCAGAAGAUGGAUGAGAGGGCCUCAGGGAGUCGUCUGAACUUUGGGCUGAGAAGGAAACCUGUCGCAUCCGACCCACACGUCCUGCAUUUUUACCCAUCCAGAGUUUUCCUUUCUAAUUUAUCAGAAUGAACCUCUCCCAAACUGGAUAACCCUGAUGCAGCCCCAGGAUUUCACUGUCUGUAGGAACAGCAUGAGCAAGACAUGAAUUGCAACAGUGCAAUCAAAGAUUGGCCCCUCCAACCUUACAAAGCAGUGUCACUGAGCCAGUCCAGCCUGAGCAGGAACGGCAGCUCGGAACCACACGGCAGCAUUUCCUUCCCAUCCAGAUGAGCAGGGAAGUACUGAGGGAAGAGAGCCAGGGCUGGCC